AUGUGCCUCGGUCCUCGCGACAAGGACGACAGCGGCGUUGCUCGCUCGCGCGACAUCGACCGCGGCAUACGGCAAGAUGAGGCGCGGCUCGCCAAGGAGGUGAAGCUGCUGUUGCUCGGAGCUGGGGAGUCGGGAAAGACCACGAUCCUCAAACAGAUGCGACUCAUCUACUCGCAAAGCUUUAGCGAACGCGAGAGGCUGUGGUGGAGGCCGAUUAUAUUCCGUAACAUCAUCGAAGCCUUCCGCAUCAUGCAAAUGGUCAUGUCCGACUUCAACUACCAAUUUGAGAGUCCAGACAGUAAAACUCUCAUGUCAAAGGUCCUGGAAAAGCGCGAGAUCGGACCCGAGGACCAGUUCCCGCAAGACCUCGUCGACCCAAUCAAGGCCCUGUGGCAAGACGCUGGGGUCAAAACGGCCUUUCUCAAAGGGUGUGAAUAUGCGCUACACGAUAAUGUCAAUUACUUCGUUUCUAGUAUAUCCAGGCUAUGGGCAAGCGACUACGUGCCCAAUGACCUGGACAUACUCUGCGCCCGACUCAAAACAACUGGCAUCACCGAGUGCCACUUUGCUACCGGGCACUUGACCUACCGCAUCUUUGACGUUGGCGGCCAAAGAUCAGAGCGCAAGAAGUGGAUACACUGCUUCGACGACGUUCAAUCCGUGUUGUUCCUCGUGGCGAUCAGUGGCUACGAUCAGUGUCUCGUAGAAGACAUGGAUGGGAACCAAAUGAACGAGGCGCUGAUGCUCUUCGAGUCGAUCGUGAACUCCCGCUGGUUCACCAGGUCCGCCAUGAUCAUCUUCCUCAACAAGAUGGAUUUGUUCAAGGAAAAGCUCCCGCGGCGACCGAUCACUGACCAUGGAUUCACGGACUAUCGUGGCGCACCGGACGAUUACAAAGCCGCGAGCAGCUACUUUCUCGAAAAGUUCCGAGGCCAAUGCCGAGACCCGGAAAAGGAAAUCUACGGACACUUUACGAACGCGACGGACACGAACCUGAUAAAAAUCACGAUGCAUUCGGUGCAGGAUAUGAUAAUACAGCGAAACUUGAAGCAUCUCAUGCUCUGA